GUAAACGGAGCAAAAUUCGCACUUGGUUUUGAUUGGAGCCCUGUACAGAGGGUCUCUGGUGGUGUGGAAUAAAAAGAGCGAGUGAACAGCAUGCCCUGCAGUUUUUUCAGCUCCUAGAAAGAAUGCAGCCUUGUUUUUCUACACCUCUGCAUAGUAUUCCAGAGAAAUCCCCAGAGACACAACUCAGUCUCUCUUGAUCGACAGCUGUAGCUCGUCUCGGGCGUCACCGGUUAAUUCUCAAAUAAACUGCAGCUAUAUUCUGCACCCAGUAUUUCAGGGAAGGGUUCUUUAUGGACUGUCUUAUAUGGGAGAUGAAUUAAUAUAUGGUUUGAGGAUGAUAUCACUUCUCUAAGAAGCGUGGCUGUAGUCGCAUCCCCUCCAUCAUCUACUCAUCAAAUUGUUGUUCUAGUUCACUUGAGUGUCUUAGCUUUCACCAUGACAACAUUUGACUUCUCGGAUAUAAAGGCGUUUUUGGACUGCCACCCAGAUCUCUUCGAGCAGCAUCUCGUUCGAAAGGCAAAAUGUGAUCAGGUUAGCAGGUCGUUGAAGGAACAUCAGCCGUCAAAAAAUGCCCACAGCCGAGGAGAAGCCUGCGUCAGGGACCCGCUCUGGCCAACCAACCCAGACGGGCUCCGACGCAGAUCGUCCCACAUGGAACUGCAACGAAACUUCGCCCGGUCCAAAGCCACCACUGCACACCGGACCUACGACGCGCACGCGAGCCUAACAGAACACGAAUCCAAGUCCAGCACGAGGCGCCGUGCGCUCCUGCGUAAAGCCAGCUCCCUGCCUCCGACAACGGCGCACAUCCAGAGCGCUCUGCUGGAGUCCAGGGUCAGCGUGCCCCAGUAUGCGUCCAGCGCCAUCGACUACAAAAACAGACUCAAGGAAACCAACGAGAGGGAGUUUUUCUUGGAGUUAGUGAAGGAUAUCUCCAAUGAUUUGGACCUGACAAACCUCAGUUAUAAGAUCCUGAUCAAUGUGUGUAUCCUGGUGGAUGCAGACCGGUGUUCGCUUUCCCUCGUCGAGGGACCCGCGCACAAGAAGACACUAGUAUCCAAAUUCUUUGAUGUGCACUCAGGCACCACGGUCAGAUCAUCCUCCAGCCCUAAACUCCAAUGGGGAAAGGGUAUCAUUGGAUAUGUGGCAGAGCAUGGAGAGAGUUCAGAUGUACCCCGGCAUUCAUGUGGGAUUAUGAAUGUGUUUUUAUUCCAGGACCACCGCUUCAGUGACGAGAUAGACAAGUUAACAGGCCACAAGACUCAGUCCAUCCUCUGUAUGGCCAUCUGCAACAGUGAUGGAGAAGUCAUAGGUGUUGUGCAAGCAAUCAACAAAAAUCGCACGGGCACACCCUUUACUGAGGACGAUGAGAAGGUGCUGCAGAUGUAUGUACCGUUCUGUGGAAUAUCGAUUUCCAAUGCCAAGUUGUUUUCAGAGUCUCGCAAAGAGUAUGAAAGAAGUCGGGCUCUGCUGGAGGUGGUCAAUGACCUGUUUGAGGAGCAGACUGAUCUGGAGAAAGUCGUCAAGAAGAUCAUGCAGCGAGCUCUGACCCUCCUGCAGUGUGAGCGCUGCUCCGUGCUUCUCCUGGAGGACGUGGACUCACCUCUUGUGAAAUUCUCCAAGAUGUUUGAGCUCAUGUCUCCUUUGUGCAACAUGAACCAUGACAUCAGCAUGGAGAAGCUAUCGUGUUCUGAUUGGCUGAUCAAUAACAGCAUUGCUGAGCUGGUGGCUUCCACUGGCCUGCCUGUUAAUAUCAGCGAUGUGUGUCAGGACCCACGUUUUGAUUCUGAGGUGGAUCAGGCCUCAGGGUUUCACAUUAGAUCAGUGUUAUGUGUCCCUAUCUGGAAUCGAACUCACCAGAUAAUUGGAGUUGCACAAAUCCUGAACCGACUGGACAGGAAGACUUUCAGUGAUGCAGAUCAGAGGCUGUUUGAGGCAUUUGUUAUAUUCUGUGGACUUGGAAUCAACAACACUAUGAUGUACAAUCAAGUUAAGAAGACGUGAGCCAGACAGUCUGUAGCGCUGGAUAUGCUGUCCUACCAUGCUACCUGCUCCAAAGUAGAAGUGGACAGACUCAAGGCAGCCAAGAUCCCCCUGAGCAGUGACUUAGGCAUUGAUGAGUUUCACUUCAACAACUUCUCUUUGGACAGCGAUGCCAUGAUCAUCGCGUCACUCUGGAUGUUUCUGGAACUCGGUGUUGUGCAACAGUUUAAAAUUGACUACGAGGUUUUGUGCCGCUGGCUUCUGACUGUGAGGAAGAACUGUCAGACUGUGGCUUAUCAUAACUGGAGUCACGCUUUUAAUGUGUCUCAGUGCAUGUUUGUUAUGAUCACGACAGCCAGUUUCCAGGAUGUUUUAUCAGAUGCAGAGAUCCUGGCACUGAUGGUUGGCUGCCUGUGUCACGACUUGGACCAUCGAGGCACCAAUAAUGCAUUUCAAGCCAAGACAGGCUCUGCUCUGGCUCUGCUCUAUGGGACAUCAGCCACCCUGGAGCAUCAUCACUUCAACCAUGCGGUCAUGAUCCUCCAAAGUGAGGGUCACAAUAUCUUUGCAAACCUCUGCUCUAAAGAGUAUAGCAACAUGAUGCAACUAUUGAAGCAAGCUAUUCUCUCCACAGACCUUACUUUGCACUUUGAGCGCAGAACCAAGUUCUUUGAGUGCGUUCUGUCUGGAGAAUUCAGCUGGACAGAUGAAGGACAUAGAGAAAUUCUCAGGUCUAUGCUGAUGACAGCAUGUGAUCUGGGCACCGCCACUCGUCCUUGGAAGAUAUCCAAGCAGGUUGCACAGCUGGUGACGAGUGAAUUCUUUGAACAAGGUGACAGGGAGAGGUCUGAGCCUAAGUUGACCCCAGGGGCAAUAUUUGACCGUAAUCGCAAAGAUGAAGUACCUGCUUUACAGCUGGAAUGGAUAGAUGGAAUCUGUAAACCCCUUUACAAAGCACUGCUGAAGCUUAACAGGAAGUUGCAACCAAUGGUUGAUGAGAUAGAUGCUAAUCGAAAGAAGUGGCAGGAGCUCUGCUCAUCCUAUGAGCAGAAACACAAAAUGUCAGUUUCCAGUGAACCAGACCAGAGUCCUGCAUCCCAUAAAGGUGCAGGAACCAGUCAAGACCCAGAGCCCCCAGAGAUUGUGAAGCUGGUCAAAAACAGCAAGUCUUCGACCUAGAAACCUAGUCCAGUUGGUUUUUUCAACUUUUUUUUUUUUUUUCAGAUCACAUUGUUUUGUAAUUCAGACUGGAAACUAUGCUGGUUAUGUUGAAAAUGCAUGUACAGUAUCAUGUAUGUUGACACUGGACAUUAUCUUGGUGCUUCUGACUGCUUUGAGAUUUGCUUUGCAUGAAACCACUGUAACGGAAACAUUAAGUGUUGCUACAUGAGAAUGUAGUUGCUGCACUAUUGUUGAGAUUAGAUAAAGAUUUCUAUUUUCAGUCACAGACUCUAUCAAAAUUAUCCAUUCACUGCAUUAUUUUUCAUACACUGGACUCUAUAUUUAUGUAAGAACUAUCAGUUUUUCCUGUGGUUUCUACAUUGUCCACUAAAAUACAUUCUUAGAGAACAUAAAAAAAAUGUUUAGAGAACAAAAGUACUGUAGAAACU